GCCGAGUACUGAGCAGUGAGGGAAGGUGAACGUCAAGAGUAGGCCAGAUGUGUUAGCCGGUGAAUUUUUAAUGCGCUUCCGAGCCCAUUCAACGCUUUGUGCGAGAGGCUGUGUGAUCGCAAUAUAAAAUCAACAUCUCAGGGUUUAUCUGAACAAUCGGCUCAACACCAGCGAGCCCCAGUUGUUCCGAUUGGAAGAGAGUUCCUCGGGUAUUUUCAUACUCGGAGAAUCGGAGAAAAUUUGAUUUUCUUUCGGAAAGAGAAGGUUAACAUCGUCACACUCGGUGCGAGUCGGCUGCGGUUGAGGUGAAGAGUUUUGAGAGAAAGAAUAGAGCACGAAAGGCGGAUGAGAGAAAGACGGGGGGAGAGAUAGUCAAUAGAAGGUGAAGACGCAGCAAAUAUUAUCGGUUAAAACGGCAAAAUUUCACAUUUCGCCAGGGUGAAAGUGUUGUGUCAAAGUCUGUGAUAGUAUUUAUUGAUGAAGAAUUUAUGGAGAUCAUUUGAGAGUUUCGUCGUGAAACUGUGUUGAUGUUCGCUUUUGAAUAAAUAUCAGUCAUCAAGUCGUCAGGCGGACAGAGUAAAUUUCUAGAUAGGGUUUAUAUAUUUAUUUAUAUCUGUGAUACACUGAUAUACAACGGUACGGCCCGUGUUGUUCCUGCUCAUUGUCUUUGACGGUUGGAUUGAUAAUUGCAGGGGUGAAGUAACGAGAUUUCCAGGCAUACGGGAAUUUAGGGGACACUGAUUGUUCUAUCAGUUGAUGAAAAACAACCUUGGGAGGGGGCGGUUUUUUUGUAUAUACGACUGACUUUUUUACUAUUAUUACGCGGUAAUACCGGUGCGAGGGGUUACAGAGAUUCAGGAUAUAUUGUUGUUGGGGAAGGGUCACUUUUAACGUCUUUGGAGAUUCUAUCUGACGUCAUUUGUGCCGCCAGAAUGGUUGAGAAAAUACUGGAGGAGCGGGAGGACGAGCGUCAGGACGCUCUCAGAGUUGAGGCAAAUGGUCGAGAGAUAGCUUCAACAGGAGAACCAUUGAGUUCAGUUCAAGCCAGACAGGAGGAGGCCAGACGUAGACGACGCAGGAAGCAGCGUUCAGGCUCAUCACUUGUCUCGUCAUGCUUCCAAGAAUUGUACAAGUUGACUGGAGAGGUGCUUGGGGAGGGAGCUUAUGCCUCUGUACAAACAUGCACCUCUUUGUACACCGAGUUGGAAUAUGCUGUGAAGAUUAUCGACAAGAUACCCGGUCACGCUCGUACUCGUGUUUUCAAAGAGGUUGAGACAUUUCAUCAUUGUCAGGGACAUCCCAAUAUCAUUCAACUCAUUGAAUUUUUCGAGGACGACGAGAGAUUCUAUCUUGUUUUUGAGAAAAUAAAUGGUGGACAGCUGCUCCGGAGGAUUCAGGAGCGGGUUCACUUCAGUGAGAGGGAAGCCAGUCAGAUUGUUAAGGAGAUUGCUGGAGCACUGAAUUUCCUUCAUAAGAAAGGAAUUGCACACAGGGACCUGAAGCCUGAAAAUAUUCUCUGCGUAUAUCCGGACAAACUGACGCCAAUCAAAGUCUGUGAUUUUGAUCUUGGCUCGGGAAUUAAAUUCAACAACUCCUUGUCAAGCCCUGUGGCAACGCCACAGUUAUUAACACCAGUUGGUAGCGCUGAAUUCAUGGCUCCCGAAGUCGUUGAAGCAUUCAUUGGUGAAACGAGUUAUUACGAUAAACGAUGCGAUUUGUGGAGUCUCGGUGUUAUCAUGUAUAUUCUGCUAUGUGGAUAUCCACCGUUCUACGGUAAUUGUGGUACUGAUUGCGGCUGGGAGAGGGGUGAAAAUUGUCAAGCAUGUCAGGAGUCACUGUUCACCAGCAUUCAGCAGGGGAGAUACGAUUUUCCUGAGCGUGAAUGGAGAACCAUCUCCGAGGACGCCAAGGAUCUUAUUCGUGGAUUGCUGGUCAAAGAUGCACACCAACGACUCAGUGCUGAGUGUGUUCUCAAUCAUUCAUGGGUUAAUCCGGGACCUACGCCAACAUCCGCUGGGGACAGGCCACUCGUAACUCCGGAAAUUAUCAGGAGGAAUAAUUCUGCACGCGAGCUAUCUGUAUUCGCCGAGUCGGCAAUGGCAGUCAAUCGUGUCGUUCACCAGCAUUUCUCAAUGAAUCUCGAUGAUCUCGCUGAGAAUCGUGAACCACGAUUGUCAACAUCAUCAACGGACGAUGACAAUCAUCCCUACGGUCAUCUGUCCGACUCGAGCAGUGAAUUGUCAGAGCCUAGCAAACACUGCGCCACCCACUCGUCCGAGGAGUUUGAAAUAGGUCCAAGGCGCAAGUCAUUCUCCAUGAAUUCAGCGAUUGAUUCGUCUGAUCCAAAGAUCAUCGGUAAAAAUCGUCUUCUGGGAAAAGAUUCGUUGAAUCAAAUGUUCGGCUUGUCACCACCGACUGAGAGUAGGCUCAUGCAGCGUCGCAUAAAGGCACGCUCGAGCCUCCUUGGCAGUCAGAAUCCUGCUAUCGUCGCAUCACCAAGUGGCUGAAAUCAUUUUCUACAUUUUCAGUUUUUCCUUUCAUACUUGUUUUUUCGCGAUGUUUUUUUUUAUCGAAUGAAGAAAAAUUAUAUUCAUAUCUUACACAUUUGCCAUACUUCUUUUGUUGGAGAUUUCAGUGAUGCAGAGUCAGGCGUUUUUAAAUUCCUCAGAAACGGAUUAAAAUUUUUUAUUUCAAUAGAAUUCACUGGCAUUUCCAUGCUCUUCUGGGUCUCAAUAUUCAGUUUGUCGUGUCAUUGAAGGGAAAUAAAUACUUCUCUUGCGUGUUAUUAACAAAAUAUUAUUGAAGACACAUUCACGAACUCAUCAAUCGUCUCCCUUGAAUUCUCCACUUGGUAGAUAAUUCAAGUAGAUGUGACAUCAGCCCCCAAAUGUCGCCCAAAAGAGAUGGAACACUCUGAAAAUUAUGAACCCAAAGCCAUAUUUCUUUUCUCCAUCGUUAUAUCUUGUAGGACGUAGUCUAGACAUUCACUCGAAGUGAACCGAAAAAAAAAACGAAAAAUUAAAAAAAUAUUAAAAAAGUAUAUAACAAACAAAAAAAAUUAAAAAUUGAAAAAUUAGUACCUGUAAUAAGUAUAGGAUGGAUGAAGUACAAGGCAUGUGAAUAUGAGAGUUGUCAGAGGGAUGAUUGAUGGAGUAAUUGAGGCAGGAUUAUUUGAAUGAAUAAAUUCUGUCAAAUUGAAUAUGAUAAUUAACGGACAGAUUGGCAGUGAUCAUAUCUGAAUUGAGCGACGAAAAAUAGAGAAAUGUUUGCCGACUACGUUCCGCGAGUUAUGUUUAGGUACAAACCAGUAUUUUCUUUUGCACUUCAUAACUCAUUUUUUUUUCUAUUUCCCAUGCUAAUCGUUAUCUCAUGUAUCGAAUUAUUUUGUUUCUGCUCGACGCUCUGUUUAACAUUUGAUGGAGAAAGUUGUAUUUGUGAAGGAUUUAAGAUACUUUUUUUUUAUCCAAAAAAUUAACAUCUCGAUUGAACUACAUAUAUCUUCUAUCCCUCGAUAGAUUUUUCAUAGUUAUUUUAAUCGAUAUUUCAUUCAAAGUAUGUUACGCUUUUAUUAUUCUUUCUCUUGCUAUGUAGUGAGCCCAUCGAGAUGAGAAAUUUUUGGAGGUUUUUAUUCAGGAACAUCCUGACGAUGCUUAUUAUGUGUAAAAACGAAUGGAUUAUUCAGAACGUUUGGUGAGUACCAAACAUGAUAACUGAAACAUUAAAUUUACCUCUGGAUUCGGAUGUGUGGAAAAAUCGCAUUUUCGUGGGAUACGAGAGAUAAUCGAACGCCUUCGCCAAUGAGAGUCGUCUUGUGUGAAUUUUCUUUCGUAAAUGGUCUAUGAUUGAGGGAGGCAUUCAUUUCUUUCUCAUUCUUUGUGUCAUUCUUUGUCCGAACUGAAACUUCAUUUUUUUUAUUCAACACGAUGCGUUUUUUGGACUCAAUAUCAUUUCGAUUUUUUCCAAAUAUUUUGAUAUGAUACACCGUUGAUUCUACUUUUUUUUUCAUUCGAAAUUUAUGGAAUUUUUAGUGGUAACACCGGGUGAGAUCUUUUUUUUGUUGUAAAAUUAAUUUAAUUUGAAUAAUGGAUAUGAAAAUGUGAUAUUCUGCCAGGGAGUUUAAACAUUGGAAUGAUUUGGGGGUAGGAUUUGCGGAAAUAAUGGGAAAUGAUUGAAAAUCGUAGAAAAAUUGGAAUUAUCAAAUGCCCAUCAAUUUUAAAAAAUCGAUGCGAUUUUGAUUUUUUCCAAAUAUUCAAAUACCCUUAAUUGCAGAUCAUUUUUUCUCAUUUGAAAUUUGUUAAGUCUUUACAGAAAACAUUUAUUAUUAUUUUUUUGUAAAAUUGAAGAAUGGAUAUGGAAACAUGAUAUUCUUCAAUGAAAUUUAAUAAUUAAUCAUUGAAAAUGGUUGAAAAAUUGGAAUUAUCAAAGGCCCAUCAAUUUAAAAAAUCUAUAUGAUUUUUAUUUCUCCAAAAAAUUUCUUUCUAAAAACAAUUAAGUUUAAAGUAUGGAUAUGAAAACAUGAUAUUCUUCCCGGAAAUUCAAUUAUUACAUCACUUUGAGGGUAGAGUGUGCAGAAAUAAUUGGAAAGAAUCGAAAAUCACCCCCAUCAAUUGUAAAAAAAAAGUUGAAUUCCCGUUUUUAGCUCUGAAAGCUGUCAAGACAUUCGUUCACUCGUCCCUUCUCAUAUUUCGACACAUGUCUAGAAUAAAAAAAAUUACGCAAGAAGAAUUACGUCUCCCCUCAACAACCAUUCAGAUCCACUUCUGAGUUCUUCCUCUCAUGCACUAAAGAUGAUUCACGUGAGAUGGCUUUCUCAUGUAAUUCUUAGAACGCAUAGGAUUUUUUUUUAUUUCAAACAACUUCACUUGGCAAGCGUCGACGAGUGCAGAAUUGUCUCAUUGAAUAUCAGAGAAGUGGAGAGAGUAGAAACAUCGAUAAGAACUCACACUGUCGGCGUGGUACCAAGUGUCGUGUACAAUGAUAUGUAAAUAAAACAAAGAAGAAAAUCAUUAAUGUAUAGGAAGAUGAUAUAAAACGAGAUUCGGAUCGAAUCGUAUUGCUCGGAAUUUCAAAAUUUUCGGUACUUCUCCAGAAUUGAUAAUCGAACACCACUGGGAAGAGGGAAUUUUAUUGGAUGAUCAAGUUCUCACAAAACAAUAUACGUCCUUGAAUCACUAUCAGAACUCGAACACUUCUGUGUAAUCAUGGAUGAAAAUUUCAAAUCUCAAUUGUACAAAUAAAUAAAGUUUAUACGAUAAUUUUCAGAAAAGAUGGAAAAUAAUAAAAAAAAAUAAUGAUGAGGAAGUGGUGGGAUCGGAUAUUUGUAUCAGAUUAUCACUAGAUCAUUUUCGUAAUUCGUAUUGAUUGACAUCGAUUGUAGCAAUUCAGCAGAUAGGGACUUCCAAAGAUGAUGAGUGCUGAUAUCUACUUAUGAAAAUGGAAAACCAAAUUUUUAGUUGGAAGGGUAUUCGUGAAUUGGUGAAUUGGGGAGUUGCAUUGAAUUUUUUUAUUGAUAGAAUUAUGGUAACAUGAUAUUCUUCAACCAAUUUUCAUACACAGCAGUAGAAAAAUUGAUGCUGAACCCCGAUUGAAGCUUCCUCUCAAUGAAAAAAAGACAAAAAAAAAAUGAAAAAACCAGUUGAAUAAAAACAACAAAAAAAUCGGUUUUUACCGAGUGUGGAUGUAUGCAUGAGUGAUUUGAUGAAUGUGAAUGCGUGAUGUAAAGAAUGAGGAAUAUUCAUGAAAAACAAAGGGAUGGCCAUAAUUAUCAGUCUGAAAUAAUACAUCGUUACACGUGUGAAAGUGUAAUAAAAUGAUUGCGUGUGGCGACCGAGUGAAUAUAAAACCAUUAAUUGGCAAUUUAAUGAUUAUGUACAGCCACACUAAUAGGAGUCUCUGUGAGGUACCGAUGUAACAUCUAUCCAUUCUACAUUUUUUAUCAACAACUGUAAAAGAAGGGAGAAUGGUAAUGAAAAUUUUCUUUGCAAUUGCAUCAUCUCUGAUUCAGUUAUGAUUCACGAUUUUGGUCGCCACUUUAAUGUUAACUAAGCUUUGAGAAAGAGAUAACGGAGACAUUCGUGGAGAAAAAAAAAUGGAAAAUUUUACGUUCUUUAUCGCCUUUUUUACGCAUACAUGGAGAUACAAGAAAUAGUGAGAAAUAAUUUUUUCAGAACGAUGAAAAAAGAUAAUAAAAAGGACCAUAUUUUAAUUGGUUGAAUUUGUUUUUUUCA